UGGAGCGAGUUUUCGUUCUCUCAGCUCCUUCAAAAAAACAAAAAAAUUCAAGAAAUCGGGCGUUGGAGUGGGAGUGGGAGCGAGAGCUAAUCUGGUUUAUUCACUGGUUUAUUGUGUUUUACAUCCUGGGCUUGAUUCAAUAUGAGUCGUCCAAUGGAUGAGGAUGCCACUGUCAAAAAUGAGGAAGAGGAAUUCAGCACUGGGCCUCUUUCUGUUCUGAUGAUGAGUGUUAAAAACAACACACAGGUGCUUAUUAACUGCAGGAACAACAAAAAGCUUCUGGGCCGCGUGAGAGCAUUUGAUCGGCACUGCAACAUGGUCCUAGAAAAUGUUAGAGAGAUGUGGACAGAAGUACCAAAGACUGGGAAAGGCAAGAAGAAGGCCCAACCAGUUAAUAAAGAUCGGUUCAUUAGCAAGAUGUUCCUUCGAGGAGAUUCAGUGAUUAUUGUCCUUAGAAACCCUAAGUGAGAGGUCUCCUUCACUUCACUAUGGUUUUCAUUGAUCAAGUAGAACAAUUUUUAGAAUUCAAAUUUUGUUGGAUCCAUGUUCUGAGAGAUCUCUUUUAUGUGAUAUUUUGUUGUAAUAGUAGUAUAAAUACUUGCGCGGUUCUUCUUUAGUUUUUAUAGGAGAACUUUGUUUUGUAUUUGUCGUGUGUUUAGUGGUCAUACCCCAAUGGUGCCUCUAUAGUUUAUUUAUAUAAAAAAGGUUAGAUAUAUUCUGUAGAAGACUAGAACAUGCAUUCUGAUGACAGUAUCUUGGACGGUUCCAAAAUAAGUACAUAUUUUGAUUGGUAUACAAGUUAGCAUUCUCUGUA